CAUGACCAUUGAUCUCAAAUUUCAACACAAGUAAACAAAGCCAUGACUCGACAUAACACGUGUCAAACGUCCAUUGGCUAGUGAAACGUGGCAUGCGAUAUUAUUGGCCAGAUCAACUCAACACAACUCCUUGUUAGAUCUAUAUAGCUUCACUAACUAUAUUGAACUGCAUAUAUAUCUUUCUAGAUGCUUCUUCUCUAAAUCAACAACAAUUCAACAUCAAAAGCGAUUCAGAUCAGAAGUUUUGCUGGUGAAUUAGGUUAUGGAAUUAAGCAGGAGGAAGAUGUGUUGUUAUAUGCAGUUUUGUUGUUUUGUGUUGAUCGGAUGCUUCAUUUCGCAGAUUUGUGCUUCUUCUGACGCUAUAUUUUACGAGCCGUUUGAUGAAUCGUUCGAGGGGAGUUGGAUCGUGUCUGAGAAGGAAGAUUAUUCCGGUGAAUGGAAACACUCAAAGAGCGAGGGACACGAUGAUUACGGGCUUCUUGUGAGCGAUAAAGCAAGAAAAUACGCAAUCGUCAAGGAGCUAGAAAAACCCGUCGAGCUCAAGGACGGUACAAUCGUUCUCCAAUACGAAGUCCGUCUUCAAAAUGGUCUCGAGUGCGGUGGUGCAUAUUUGAAAUACCUUCGACCACAAGAAGCUGGGUGGACUGCCAAGGGGUUUGACAAUGAAUCUCCUUACUCGAUCAUGUUCGGCCCCGACAAAUGCGGUGCAACAAACAAGGUUCAUUUCAUCUUAAAGCACAAAAACCCGAAAAGCGGAGAGUACGUUGAACACCAUCUUAAGUUCCCUCCUUCUGUCCCGUCAGACAAAUUAACCCAUGUUUACACCGCCGUUAUAAAACCCGACAACGAGCUUGUAAUCUUGAUCGAUGGAGAAGAGAAAAAGAAGGCUAAUUUUCUCUCUUCUGAAGACUUCGAACCCGCGUUAAUCCCCGCAAAAACCAUUCCGGACCCUGAUGAUAAAAAGCCCGAAGAUUGGGACGAGCGUGCUAAAAUCCCCGACCCGGAAGCAACAAAGCCCGACGAUUGGGAUGAGGAUGCACCUAUGGAAAUACUAGACGAAGAAGCAGAGAAACCCGAAGGGUGGUUAGACGACGAGCCUGAGGAGAUUGAUGACCCGGAAGCGGUUAAACCCGAGGAUUGGGAUGACGAGGAGGAUGGUGAAUGGGAAGCACCGCAAAUCGAAAACCCAAAAUGUGAAUCGGCACCGGGGUGUGGAGAAUGGAGGAGACCGUUAAAGAGGAACCCGGCUUACAAGGGUAAAUGGCAUGCUCCGCUUAUUGACAACCCCGCUUACAAGGGGAUAUGGAAGCCGCGUGAGAUUCCGAACCCUGACUACUUUGAACUUGAAAAGCCUAACUUUGAGCCGAUUGCUGCGAUUGGUAUCGAGAUCUGGACCAUGCAAGAUGGAAUCUUGUUUGACAGCAUUUUGAUAGCGAGUGAUGGGAAAACCGCAGCGGAAAUCAGGGAUACUACAUGGAAGCCGAAGUUUAAGGUGGAAGAAGAGAAACAGAAGGCUGAAGAAAAGUCAGCCGGGCUUGAUGGGCUCAAAGGAAUCCAGAAAGCUGUGUUUGAUGUGCUUUACAAGAUCGCUGACUUGCCUUUCUUGGGUGACCACAAGGUCAAAGUUUUGGAACUUAUUGAGAAGGCUGAAACACAACCAAACUUUACAAUUGGUGUCAUAGUUUCAAUCAUUGUUGUGAUCUUCAGCAUCUUGUUGAAGUUGUUGUUUGGUGGGAAGAAAGCGGCACCGAAGGUGAAUGUGGUACCGGAAAAGAAGGAAGAAGGGGAGGCGUCAAACACAGCCGAAGGCGAAGGCGAAGGUGAAGGUGAAGAAGAGAAAACCGAGGGUGAAGUGGCGGCAGCUCCUCGUAGAAGGACAAGACGCGACACCUAAUGAGAGAUGGAGAAGCUAUAGUUGGUAGUGGUUUAGGUGGUAUUUUAAGGAUGUUUUUGUUUGGUUAAAACAACACAAGGAGAAGCUUUUUGUAUGCGUUGUAAAUGGAGAUUAUUCGUGUAAUACUAGCAUCCAUCAUGGCUGGAUAAUUUUGUAAGUCCUAACAAAAUUGUUUGAUAAAACUACACUCUUCUCACAAAA